AAAAGGGGGUUCUGACUGCCCCAGGAAUACACACAGAGGGCUCUGUCUGACCCAUGCUGUCACAAAGGGAUUUCUGACUGCCCCACAUUGUCACAAAUAGGGUUCUGGCUGCUCCAUGAUGUCACACAGGGGACUCUGCCAGACUGCCAGGCUAUAAAAGGGGCCCCACAGGAGCAGACAGUGCUGGGCACAGCAGUCUGGCAGUGUCUUGGCAGCCAACAGCCUUGGCCUCUGCCACCCCACCAGGGUUGGAUUUCCAUCACUGGCACCCCGCAGGUCACUGGGGAGCCUCUUCACCAGCCUGUGGUGGUGACCUGCAUUGCCACAGACAGUGCCAUGGAGCUCCUCAACAUCUUCACCCUGGGUGAGCUGGUGGCAGUCACGAUGGUGGUGCUGCAGCUCAUUCUGGUCAUUGCCGUGCUACGGGACAAGUGUCUAUGGAGGAUCCGUCAGAACUCAAAGCACGCGAGCACAGCAAGCGGCCAGCCGGAGGGGCAGAGCAACGUGGGCAGAGCACGGAGAUCAGCAGAGAUGGAGCUGCCCCAUGGCAGCUCCCCACGUUGUUCCAUGAGCUCCAGGAAGCAUUUCCCAAGGUUUAUCCGGAGCUGCCAGGACUCCCAGGCGCUCUUCGAGGAGCACCGCAAGGAGCUGGAGGCACAGCUGUCCCAGUGGCGAUGGGGCCGGGGGAGCGGCAGGGUGGUCCAGGCUGAUCUGCAUGUUACACCAAGGCUGCUGGGGGCCAAAGAGUGUCCCCAGUGCCUUGGAGUGGAGUUGGCAAGGCCAGACAUGUACAAGGUGACAGAAGAGAGCAAACCUAAGAACAUAAGACGAUGCAGUAGCAGCAGCUCCAUGAUUCUGCGACGCAGAAGAUCUGUGGCGCUAGCCAGGUUGCUCCCUAGACUAGUGGUGAUCAUGAAUCCCAAUGUAUUGGAGAGCAGCAACAGCAGCAGCAGCAGCAGCAGGAGCAGCAGCUCAGUGGAGCUGGAAUACAGCACCAGUACUGCUGCAGGAAGGUUCCUGGGACAGAUGCAUGCCCGCCUUCGGAGAUACCUGGAAGCCUGGCAGACACGCCAUGGUCAGCGCCACCGGUGCUUCAGCAUCCGCGUGAAGCCCCAGUUGUGGCGGCGGUGCUGGACCCAGUUCAGAAAAAGGGUGUACUAAGAAUGAGUAGUCAGGGAGUGGUAGGGGAGAAGGGGGUUUCAGGAACUGCCUGGCACAGUGCAAUCCCUGGGCAUCUACAGAUCCCUCUGUAGAGUUUUCCUGUCCUCUGGCAGAUCCUUUACAAUUUGGCUGAGGGUCUAUCAAUGACCUCCUGCAGGUCAUUGAUAGAAACAGAACUGGUCUCAGUGCUGCGCAGGGGAGCCCCACUGUGACUGGAUACCAACUGAAUUAAACUGUUCCCUACCACUUUCUGGGGCUGGCCAUCCAGACCCUUUUUUACAGUGAACAGUGGACCUGUCCAAGCCAUGGGCAGCCAGUUUCUCCACAAGAAUGCUUUGGGAAAUGAUGUCAAAGGCUUAAUAAAAGCCCAGAUAAACAUCA